AACAUCAGCAGACGUUCAGCGCUGAUGUGCGUGGACUGGACGGGUUCUGGUGACGAGGAGCAGAACCCGAGUAUUGAGCUAAGAGGAGGGGGAACCAGUGUGUGUGUGUGUGUUUUUUUUUUUUUUUUUUUGGCGUGGUGCUGUUUGAAGAAAAGUUGGUUCUGUCCACCGGAUACACGCUCAGGACAUUUAUUAUUGUUCGAUGGAGCUCUGUACGCGCAGCUGGUGAAGAACAUUUGGACUCGGGUGAAAUUGGAAGAGGUGCAGAGCUGAGUGAAGCCUGGGAAUGAGAGCUCUCUGCCAUCCUACCUCCCCCAGACCUCCAGGAGGAGCACGCUGGGCGACACACUGAGUGUGCGGUUUGUCUGAUGCAGUCAGGCUGCCAUGGCUCUGGUUCAGGUGCUACCUGUGAGUGACCAUCCCAGUCCAGGUCUUGACCUCCACCAGCGCCGGCCGCUAUCGUCCCAUCCCCCCUCAGACCCCUGCUCUGUCCCUUGCGGGGCCUGCAGCUCCGACACGGCCAUGGGCUCAGUCAGCAGUCUCAUAUCAGGCAGGACGUAUCAAGAGCGACACUGCAGGGCUGGCAGUGAAUUCGCCAACAAGCCACGACGCUCCACGCCGGCUACCAGCUGCUUCCGGCUGCAGGACAAGAGCCUCCGCAGCGGGAGCUCCCUGGAGCAGCUGCUGGUGAACAGCAACCAAACACAGCCUCAGGCCCAUGUUCUACCUCCACCGCUGCCCACCAAGAAGCAGCCGCGACCAGGAAACUCUGCCGGGGCCAGCGGGGCCGCUGCGGUUGCUGGAGCAGCAGGGGGUGGAACUAACGCAAACUUUGGAUAUGUAAGUGAAGAGGUGGUUGUUGGAGACUGGAAUGACAACCUGGUGCUUACCGUUGCGAGCCCCUGCAGCGAUCCGGAGGACCAGAAGGACAACGGGACGGCGAACGGCAACAUUGGCGGACCUCCUCCCAAACUCGUCCCGGUGUCUGGACAGCUGGAGAAGAACAUGGAGAAAGUGUUGAUUCGCCCCACAGCUUUCAAACCAGUCGUCCCCAAGAACCGUCACUCCGUGCAGUACCUGUCUCCACGACCAGGGGGCGGCAGUCUGUCCGAGAGCCAGGCCAGCCUAAACCUCCUGCUGCCCCUCGGUGCCCCCAGCUGCCCUAGCAGCACGAACAGUAACGUUGGAAGCUGCAGCUCUGAGGGGAAACCCAACCUGUACGGCGGAGGUCGUACCGCUCGUAGCAGCCAGUCCUGCUCCAUGUCGGAUUCAGGGAGAAACUCCCUCUCCAGCCUCCCCACGCAGAGCAGCACGGUCUACAGUUUGGCCCCCAGUGAGGGAUCCAGCUCGGGGUCCGGUGCCGGGGGCCCCGUGGAGCCUGUGUCGGCCGUGGUUCGCAACACCUCAGGAGGAGGCGGGAGCCACGGUCAUAGCAAUUCGGACAGCGGACGUUCCUCCUCCAGUAAAAGCACAGGCUCGGGGUCGCUGAGCGGGCGCGGGCAGCCCCUCUCCGACAGCGGGUCCUGUGGACACUCGCCGCCACCUGUGGAGGGGUACGAAGUGGUGGUGAAGGAGCUGGAAGACAAGCUGAGGGAGCGAGACCUGGAGCUCCAACAGCUCCGGGAAAACCUGGAUGAGAACGAAGCGGCCAUCUGCCAGGUUUAUGAAGAGAAGCAGCGACGGUGUGAAAGAGAGAUGGAGGAGCUGAGACAGAGCUGCGCUGUCAAGAUGAAACAGACGUCUCAGAAAGCUCAGAGAGCACAGCAGGUGCUGCAGUUACAGGUAUUCCAACUACAGCAGGAGAAAAAGAAGCUGCAAGACGACUUCUCCUCUCUGCUGCAGGACAGAGAGACACUGGAGAGGAAGUGUGCCACCAUCCAGAGGGAGCAAACGCAGCUGGGGCCCCGUCUGGAGGAGACGGAGUGGGAGGUGUGUCAGAAGUCAGGAGAGAUCUCGCUCCUGAAGCAGCAGCUGAAAGAGGUCCAGUCUGAGCUCAGCCAGAAAGCCGGUGACAUUGUGGUGCUAAAGGCCCAACUGAGGGAAGCUCGCUCCGAGCUGCAAGCGAGCCAGGCUCGAGCCCAGGAGGCCCAGGCUGCCCUGCGGACGAGAUCCCUGGAGCUGGAGGUCUGCGAAAACGAACUCCAAAGGCGCAAGAGCGAAGCUGAGCUACUGCGGGAGAAGGUGAGCCGCCUGGAGGACGAUUCGGGCCGGCUCCGCGACACGCUGACCGGCCACAGUGGAAACGCAACCAAGAAGGGACUCGGCAUGAGCCUUUCGCUCCAGCAGGGAAGAGUUGUGAUGGGGAGGGGAGGUCCCAGCCCUUACAUGUACCGCGAUGGAGAGGACGGUUAUCUGGUGUGGGGAGGAGAGAGCGACGAAGCCAAAGCUCAGAGGCAGAAUGCAGAAACACUGAUGGGACUCCGACAGCAGGUGGAUCGACUGAAAGCUGAGCUCAUGUACGAGAGAAGAAGUGGCGAGGAGCAGCGGUCACGCUUUGAGGAGGAGAGGAGGGUGUGGCACGAGGAGAAAGAAAAAGUAAUCCGCUACCAAAAGCAGCUGCAGCAGAACUACAUCCACAUGUAUCGCCGCAACCGGGAUCUGGAGCGGGUGAUGAGGGAGCUGAGUCUGGAGCUGGAGAACAGGGACAUGGAGGACUACGAGGUCCGCAGCGGCAGCAACGACAUCCACUUUGAGGAAAUCACUGCCACAGAGAUCUAAACACACGCGCACGCAGUACAACGAUAUGCGCACACAACAUGGAGAAAACUGCCCGAAGUUCCCGGAGAUGCAAACCAAACGUUGAAGCGUGAACCAAAUGCUGCAGUGGCUUCGGUGCGGAGUCACCUGGAACUGUCGGACGCACCCCACUAAACCCGCAUACGGCAUCGCCUACAGCGUUUCUAUUAGGUUUAUACCUCUACAAAGCCAGCACAAAGACUGCAUUCUUUCUGAGACCAAAAGCAGUGAGGAGUGUCAUUUUUAGGAUAUCUACAAAUCAGGGUAUUUAAAUCAAGCAGAGCGCUAAAGCAAAAAAAAAAUAGCAAAACGAACAUAUGGAACACCCCCUACUGAGCAAUCUCACGACCAUGCACUUAAGCUUCUUGGCUGCUUGCGAUAUAAAACACCCGGCCACCAGCAUGUACAGUAUAUAGUCCGGCAUCAACACAGCAGUUCAUUUAGCAGUGACCAAUCUAAACUGUGGGCCACAAGCAACCAACAUCGCAGCGUUUGAGAGUUUUGAUUCCUCAUCUACCAACUUGUAAAUAAGUUAGAAGAAAUGUUGUCGUACGUUUAGACGUUUUGGCUGCAGUUUGUUUCCCUACAGCGAAUGUGUGGUAAUCUGUCCGUCCAGAGAGCAGCAACAUAACUCAUCUCUGCUCAGCUCACUGUGAGAAAAAAAAAAAAACAAACGGCAUGAUUUUAACCAAGAUUUUCAGCUUGUGUUUUUUUUGGGAUUCGUCUGUUUGCUUCCCGAAGAAAUUCGGCAAAGUCAUACCAGCUAGGCUCAACUUUGACAUUUCAGGUCUUAGUUUUGUUUACUUGUGGACAUCUCGUUCUGUCGUUUCCCACCAAAACUCCAGGACCAAAAUAGGGAUAAUUCUCACUUUGAACUUUUUUUUUCUUUCAGUCAUGCUGUGUCUAAUAAAACUGGCUCAGACAUUGUCACAAGCCCUGAUGUAGCUGAGGGAAGAGGCAAAGCAUGGCAAAUACCACCAGGGUCGACAAAGAUCUCCCUUUUAUUUCUUUGUUUUUCCUCCAUAUACUUACCUACUUAGCUUCGUUGUUUACCUUUUCUUUUCUAUCUCAGCCAUUAGUACCAGGAUGAAACUAGGCCUAAAUCAUCAUCAAACGUACGGGAUUACAGUCUUGUGUGGCAUCGCAGAUUUAGGAUGUGCCAAGUUUCUGUUUUGGAUUUCUUUCUUUUCUCUCGGUGACUCCCACAGUGCAGGUCAAAGUUUUACACACACAAUGGAUACAGCAGGGUAACAUUCAAACCUCUGCGCCCAAAUCCUGUUUUCUUUUUCAAGAUUCAUUAAAGUAAUUCUAAUAUAAUCAGACCACCCCUGAAAAGAACAUUUUCGGUGCAUCAUUAAAAAGCCCAUAACAGUAUGGCUUUCAUGCCCUGUGAUGACUGUAUGCAAACUUCUGCACUGCACUGGUGUCCUAGAUGUCAUCACUAGCAAAUCAAAGCCAAAAACAACUAAAAUGUGCUAAAGUCUUCCGAGGUCCUGCUAGAUGGCCGCCUAACUUUCAUUAAACGCCAUAGGAGGCGAGGGUGGCAUGUUUGCAUGUCUUUUUUUAGGAGAUUUCUGAAGAAGCAGGCUCAGGUGACGUGAGAGUGUGCAGAGGUGUUUGCUGCUGUGCCGCUCAGAGCCAGCAGGCUUUCCGCGGAGCGUGAAGACGAUCUCAGAGUAAAUGCAGGGCUGUGUGUGACACUGAGCAUAGAGAUAUAGGGCUGCUGAGAACUUUAUUUUGCAAAGAGUCUAUAUUAAAGAAUAACAGUCUAGAUAAAUGGGAAUCUAUAUAAUGGAUGAAAAGUUGUGUAUUUUUAUAUAUAUAUAUAUAUAUGUAUGUGUGUAGCACCUGAACAUAUUUUGCUGUAAUACUGGUAUGGAUUAAUAUAGAUCAUAAACCAAUGUUUCAUUUGAUGGAUCCGUUCCAAACAGAAGCAUCUGCAGAGAGAGCGCGUGCACCUAAUACUGUACUGCAUGACAACUUAAUGUUUACAUUAGAUGAUCUGUGUCGACAAACCCGCGCAUUCUGAUGAGCAAAUGUGCUGAGAAGCAAGCGAUGAAACUGAAGGGAUUCUGUUUUUACUUUUAGCUCAUCUUUGCCUUUUUUGUCGCUUCGUUUCGAGCUAUUCGUGAGCUGAUUUCCAGUAUCAUAACAUCCGUGUCCUCCAUGUUGCAUUCGGGCACAGCGUUUGCUUAGGAAAUGCACGAGGCCGGUGUUAUUUCGAGGGACAUUCGUAUCAAUGCGAGAUCAGGACUGAGGCGACCCAAGAACGUUAGCUUCCAGUCAUCCUUCAGUACGUUGCACAUUAUUACCGCUUUCAUUGAGGUUCAUAAAGUAGCCUGGAGUAUUAAGCACUGUGUGUACGCUCUUGUGGUAACGCCAUGGGAAGUAGCUCAGUUUUGGUUAUCCUGCCACAUUCACUGUAACCAGACGUAGACUGUUACUCUGCACAUCAACAAGCACAGGAUGCUUCUGACUCAUACGCUUAAAUGUUUUCUCAUAUCUCGGCAUCAAAGUACCAUAACUAUCUUCAGUGUAAAUAUGUAAAAGGUUCUAGCAGUAUAACAGAGCAUCACUGUCUUUUAUUUAGACAACAUAUCUAUUUCCAAUGUAGCCACUGUGACUAGACCAAAGCAACCUAACACUUCUUUUUUUCUCUCUCUCUUUAUUGUGACAUUUUUUUUCAUCCUUUUGUGAGCAUUUCUUUUGUACUUUUACUUUCUCUGUGUUGCCAUUAAUUCAUAAAGUGUGUAACUGUCUGUGUAUAUUUUUAUGUGUACAUUAUUUGUACAAAUUACAGUGUUUUUAAUUAAAGAGCAAGUGGUCACACCUUAAAAA